AUGAAUCGGGCGGUUGUAAAAUUCUUUACAUCAUCAUCUCGUAUGAUACCAAGAAUUUAUGCAUCAACAAAGAUAUCUGGAACAACACCGGCAGCAGCAGCAACAGCACAUCAUGGCUCAGCCGAAGUUCAUGAUCAUGGUCAUGGCCAUGGUCAUGGUCACGAUCAUCACCAUCAUGAACCAGAUUUAAGAAAAACACACGAAUGGCGUCAUCAAUCAGGCAUUCAAUCGAAAUAUGAAAAUCAAGGAGAAGAUCCAACCAUAACUUUCAUGCAAGAACGACCAAACUAUCAUGAUUAUCGUCCAUCCCUUGGACAAGUUGCUCUGUCUAUACCCUAUCGAACACAAGCACAUCUUUAUGAAAUGUGGUUUUAUCAUGUAGCUUUAGUGCUUUCCAUUUGGUUUUGGUGGUAUGUUUCAUGGCGUUUUCUUAAAGAACCAAGUUGGUUUUUUGGUCAUGCUCAUUUUCCUGAUAUGUCAAAAUUUACUGAUGAAGAAUUGGGUAUUCCAUCAGAUGAUCUUGAUUAA